ACGCCGCUCGCCUGGGGCGCCGCUCUCUCUCUUUCUCUCUUUUUCUCUGUUCGUCUGUUUCUCGCUGAUGCGGUCGCACUGAGGCCGAUGCAGGCUCCGCCAUGCCGCGCUGCCUCAUGGCCAAGAAGUGGAAGGUGGCUCCGGCGGGGGAACUGGUUGAGUCUGAUGAGGAGAUCGACGUGGUCGGCGAGGGGCGCGGCCGGAGCCCCGCACCCGCCGCCACCGCGCCGGGCCCUUCACCUCGCGAUCCAGAACCGACGCUACUCUACAACGGUUACACAGAGGAGCAGCCUUCCACACAGUUCACCGCACAGCUUCCAAGCGAGGUGAGCCCGGCUCCCCCCGGCCCAUCUCAGCCGGCGUCUCAGCCUCUAUCCUACGCUCUUCUACAAAUCUCGACCUCCGACUCGACCGAAACUCCCUUCAUUCAGGUACAUCUCCAAUCUUCACCUGUCUCCCCCCCUCCGCCACCGGCGAGCGGCAAAUCUACAUCGCUGUGCUAUACGAGCAGCGGCACCCUACUUUCGCUUCCACCUAAAAAGAAAGACAUCUAUCGACCCUACUGCUUAGGAGAUCGUGCCUAUUUACAACGCCCGGAGGAAGAUCUCAACGCAGCCCAUGCCAUCCUUGAUCUUAGUCAACAUGCAGUUUUCCUUACCACGCCGCCGCGCACUGAGCCCUCGCCUCCUGAACUUCCCCCACCGCCCCCGGAACCAGAACCAGAACCUACACAAGAACAAUCUGAACGCCCCCGAGAAACAGUUGCCUAUACAUAUGAUGCUUUUUUCGUCAGUGAUGGUCGGUCUAAGCGACGAAACUUUGCCAAUGCUCCAGUAGAAAGUGCACAGCAACCGACCGACCACAAAUCUAAAUAUACAUGCAGUGAAUGCGGUAAACGUUACGCCACUUCUUCAAACCUCUCGCGACAUAAACAAACCCACCGCAGUCUCGAUUCUGUUGCGGCAAAGCGGUGUGGAGAAUGCGGCAAGGCAUACGUGUCUAUGCCUGCUCUGGCUAUGCAUGUGUUGACACAUCAGCUAUCACACGUGUGCGGCGUUUGCGGCAAGUUGUUCUCCCGACCAUGGUUACUGCAGGGUCACUUGCGUUCUCACACUGGCGAAAAACCAUAUGGAUGUGCCCAUUGCGGGAAAGCAUUUGCAGAUAGAUCCAAUUUGCGUGCUCACAUGCAGACUCACUCCUCUGAUAAAAACUUCGAAUGUUCUCGAUGCCAUAAAACCUUCGCACUCAAAAGCUACCUCAACAAACAUCAAGAAUCAGCCUGCGUUCGUGAUGAUGACUCACCGUCGCCUGAUGCUCCCGCCUCUACGACAGAAUAGGCCGGUAUCGCUAUAGUAACUAGGGACCGUCAUACCAUCAUUUUGGUUUACUCGUUAACGUAAAGUAUUAAUAUGAAUUUAGUUCAUUAGCAUAAAGUAAUAUAAUAAAUUAAUAUUAAAUAGGCCUCCAAACCGGUACGUCCUAAAGGCGACCGGCCCACGAGUGCCGCAAUCGAGCAACGUUUCGCAAACAACGAAUAACGUACGACCCCGUAGUGCCGCAAGCGUGGCAUUGGCCUGCAGCGACAGACGUCCUGUUAAAGAUUAACAUAAACAUGUACAUAUACUUGUCGAUAAAUAUACCCGUAUAUACAUAGAAAUAAUGAAUACGAAUGAAAUUAAUAUCUUUUGUAGGUGAUUUUUACAACCGGAACGUAGGUUAGAGAGUAUCACGGUGUAAGUUUAUUAUGGGGGUGCGCGUAAGCUCGUCUGUGGAUGGAAACGGAGCACCUGGGUGCGCCACGACGCGUCGGUGAGGAACUUGCCGAAUCUUUCCGUCCGAAGCUCCGCAAACGUCGCCGCGUCCGCCCGUGUCGAUAUCACAGUGCCAGCUGGCUCGACCACUCGAACCGUCCAAACUUUACGAUUAUACGAGAACUGCACUCAUAUUAUUUUAGUCGACAUUCACAGAUACAGCUAAUAAAGAAUACUGAUCUUACUGAAGAAUAAAAAAACUCCGGAAAUGUUAAGAUUAAUUUAAGAGAGGUCAGAAAACUUGCGUAGACUCGUAGCGUUACCGUAGAAUCGUAAAUGGUUGGAUGGAGUUAUGUUUCUAGCUUGGCCUGUGGACUAUGGCCGCGCCGACCGCCCCGUCACAGUGCCUUAUCGGCGACCACGCGCCGAACCCGUCCCACCAUCGUUGCCCUUCAAGCCCCGGUGCCUCAUUCAACUUUUACUCGAAAGGAUAUAAUUUUAAUGAAAUUUUUCAUUAAGGGACAACAAACAAUUCAUAAUACGUUUUUCUUUAAUAAACAAUUCAACAAGUAGCAGAAAAGAAACCGUUUUAUCAUCGCUUAUUGAUUCAAAAUCAAAAAAACAUUAAAUCCAAACAGUAAACAUAAAAUACGAACGGGUUAAUAAAUGAUGGGAAAUGCGUUUCGGGCGAGAGGCGGGCGCAAUAAGCGACGUCGUUAUUAGGGACGGGCAGCGCCGCAUUACGCAGUGAGCAGCCUUUAGAUUGAGAGUGUGUUAUAGCAAGAAGUAAAGUGUAACUGGCAAUAACAUAACUUAGAUUAUAAUAGCUAUAGACUAGGUUAAGAGACGGGCACGAGGUGCUCGGUGAGAAAUGGGUAUUCGAAAAGCAAUAAUAAUGUAGGCACUAAAUAAGUCGCGCACCGCAGUCAAUCGACGCAGCAGACUUUAUUCUAAUCAUGUAGCAUUCUGUAGCUGUCGUAGACGGAGUGUAGCGACGGCCUCAUGGUGCAUCUUCUAUACGUCACUGCGUUUCUAAGCGACCAAUUUGCAAAAAAGACUAUUAGUGGUAUGCACAUAGAUUAAUCGAAGUAGAUUAGGUCGUAAAAAGGAUCAUCCGCGAGGCCGCCGCUUAUAAAUUUCCUAUCAUUAUAAUAUUUAGGUAGUGCCUCGCAUGUCAAUUUGUUCUUAAUGAAUUUCUUUAAUCCUGUCAAUUAUGAGAUUGUCUCGGUAAAAUUACUAUGUUCCCUGGCAUUCACCCUUCGGAUCAAAAACCGUCAAUUCCUCGGAUUAUUAUAAUUUCUAUAUUUGAAAAUAGAUUUUAGGCGUUGUUAUUGGAUGGUUAAGUGGUUUUUAAAAAUAAAGUUUGAGUUGCUUAAAAAUAAAUUCUACUUUCGGCCCAUAUUAAUCUAAAAACCGAUUUAUUUUGGACAACAUUGAAGUUCUAACGUAGUAAUAAAUUUUCUCAGCUAAAAUGGUUUAACAACAAAACUUCGUCAUUAAUAUUCGCAUUAAGUUCAGUUACUCCUAUAGAUAAACUUAAUUAGCUAUUAAACAAAGGUUGCGCGUAAUAAGCAAUAUAUUGUAAAUCGAUAAGCAAUAUUAGGUUAGAAUAUACGUAGUUCAUAAAUGUAACUAAUACAUGAUAUAUAUUGUUCAUAUUAAGUAGUUUUCUAGAUGUUUUUGGUGCUUUGGAGUACAGUAUUGAACGAAUCUUACAUCGAAUUUUAAAAUAAUUCAGGAUUCAAUAAUUGUGAUAUUCUGUUUGAAAAUUUAAAUUACAAUACGUUAUUAUAGGUUAUAGGUUUACAAUUAUCUUUUUAUUAUUUGUUUGUAUCGAAUUUUUUGCUUUCAUUGUUAUAAUUGUCUGAGUGUGUACUCCUAUGCGUUUCUUCUUUAUUUAACGUUAUAGAUCUAGGCUACUACAUUUUUUAGCAUAAAGCAAUUUUAUCGCUUUCAAAAAAGAAUCAAAAACGAGAAAAUAUUUUGUUCAAAUAUUUAUACUAACGUUAUUGUAGUUGUAGUUAUUUUAUAAUAAGCGAUCGUUUAAACAAAUCUAAUAUAGUGAAGGUAAAGUAAUAUAUACA